UGUGUUUAAGGACUGAAAUACAGAAUGGUAGUAGUGUUCAUCGCUGGUUGGUGUUCAUGUCCUCAUACCUGGUGGUGGUGAUCAAUAUUGGCUUUGCCUUCUCGGUCGGGUCUCUGUUUGUGAUCAUCAUUCGGCGAUUCAACACCACCAGAGCAGAAGCGGCAACAAUUCAGUCAACGCUGGGAGGAGUUUUGUUGUGCUCGGGCAUAUUUUUCGGUGCUCUUAUUCACAAGACAAGUGUCCGUGCCGUGUCCCUGUUUGGGUCUUUGAUGGUGUUUGUUGGAUUUGUGUCUUCUGCGUUCGUGACAUCACCGUCUGUGCUUAUUGUUACGUUAGGUGUCAUUGUUGGUUUGGGAAUGUCGCCGCUGCUUAUAUCGUCCGUUUCAGUAACGGCCAAACAUUUUGAUGGUCAUGGACAAUUGCUUGUCAUUUUGUCAGUUUUAUCGACGGGGUCAGCAACGGGAGGAUCUAUCUACCCUUUCAUUAUUCCUUGGUUAGACGACCUCUAUGGAUAUCCAGGAAUUUUCUUGAUUUGUGGUGCCGUGUCAUCGAAUACAUUUGCGUUGGUCACACUUUGGGCACCUGUAGAACAACCAAGCGUUAAAACUAAACAAACUGCUACCACCGGUCAUCACAAAGAGAUCAAUCGUAUAAACGUCAGUGUUGUUACAGUGCCCGAUAUCAGGCUCGCUUGCGACAACUCCAAAUUCAAAAUUGACGACAUUGCAUCAGAUCAAGCAGAUAACCAGACACGCACAGAACCAAGUUCAAAUGCAGGUGUCAAUGGCACUAUGCAGACAGUGGACAGCCUCGAUAAUAAUAUUCUAACCGGACCCAAAUCAACUGACCUAACACUACGUAGCAGUAUGCAUUGUCUUUUUCGGAACAAAGUGUUUAUGGUCUUUGUGGCUGGUUUGGCAUUUGCUUUGCCUAUCAUUAACAUUUUCACUGCUUUCAUCGUUGAUUUAUAUCAAGACAGAGGUUCCACUAACAAAGAAGCUUCUUUUGGCCUUAUCGCACUCAAUCUGUGUGGCGGUCUCGGCCGAUUGAGUCCCGGCUUCAUAAUGAAAAUACCAGGAAUGACUACCCUGGGUGUUCCAAUCAUUGCCUGUGUUCUACUCGGUAUAGGUAUUGUGUGCGCUGUGUUCGUACCUGGCAUAAGUCUGUUGAUUUUGUCAUCUUGUGUGAUAGGUUUUGCAAUUGGAAUACUGGUCGCAUCGAUCAAUGUGACAACUGCGAGUCUUGUUGGAACAAAACAUUUGGGAAACGCCAUAGGAAUCAUUUGUACAAUGCACGGGAUCGGAACUGCAAUAUCGGGUCAUGUGGCAGGUUACGUUCGUGACGUCACCUCCGGUUAUAAGCUGCCUCUUCUUGCGGCGUUUGGUACUGUAUGUGUUGCACUAGCGUUUAUGUGCAUUAGUAACAAACUGCAGGCGAAGAUUUCUCGCGGAGAGACAUUAUCAGGGGAAACUAUAAACGUUCCGGUAUAACUUAUGUGUUUGUCGAUAGAUUUUCGCAUACAUGUGCUAUAAAUACCAACUUGGGCGGAAAGAGACAAAAACUUGCCAUAUUGCGCAAGGUAGCAUAACAAAGCAUUGAAAAAGAUAAAAAAAGUAUUGAGGUAUAAACUGCUCAUGUAUUUGUUUAAUACAACGCUUAACAUUUCUCUAUUUAUUGAAUUAUCUCUAUGUUUCAUUUGAUUUGUUUUGUUUUAAUUUAAUUGUUCGUCAUCUAAUAAAAUAUUAAUGUCGUUUGUUUUGUUCCUGGCUUAAACAAUUAUAUCAGAAAUGUAAACAUUCGAAUUCUGUUAUGAUCAACAAUGAUAAUAAAAUUAUGGCUCUAGCACAAAAAGCCCCAGCAAAGUCAGCGCGCUGGUAACCGAUGAUUUGUGAGUCCUAGAAGAAGCAACCGCCAACCAACUGUCUUGCCUGACAGCAGCACUACUAAACAUCCAAUGUGUAAGAUCACUGGAUUCCAGUUGAUACCCUCUGACUAUGGAAAACACGGAAAUUAUGAGACAUACAGAAUGGUAAAGCUGGAAGCAAAAGAGGACCAACAGGAGAGCAAAGUCGGUCUAGAAGAUAUUAACCACAGCAUGAAGAGCCUGUUUAGAACUGAACAGUCCAAUGACAGUUACCAUCGCCUAUCCAGAAAAUGUGAUUAUCAUCCGACUUCAGCGUUAAGGACACACAUAACUUAACUACCACA